GCCGGCGGGGGUCUAACGAGUGUGGGGCGCGUGACGAUGAACCCGGCGCACCAGGAGAAGACGAUGCUCGCUGGCGCCGGGACGGCCGUUGACGUGAACAAGUGUGUGUUGAACCUGGACGGAUACUCGUACAUGAUUGUGGCCACCGCGCCGGAGAGGAAGUCACCGCCAGCUGGCGACCCAGCGCCGCCCGCGGGCAAGAAGGCUCUGAGCAGUAAGCAGGAGCCGCUAGCUCCUCAGUGUGACGACGUAGCUUCCGCCUCCUCUCUAGACGCCCGCCACGAACAAGGCUCGCUGACGAUCUUACGGCGCAACAACACGUUCGGCAAGCGGCGGACCGAAGCCGCGACUCGUCUCGAUGCUCUCCGACAGCAGCGAGCUCCUGCAGCCGCGGGUCCAAGACUCGGAGGCGUGCGGCCGGGCGGCCGUCAGGCUGCGGCACCUUCUCAGCAUGCUGGACAAGGGCGAAGUCUCGCCCGAGAUCAUUCAGAACAACAUCGAGUAUGCGCUGCGCGUGCUGGAGACGUUCAACAUCAGCGACAAGGCCGGCCCGCCACCGCCGCCGCUGACGUCCGCUGCUCCCGGCAGACGGUGUCCGAGCGAGGACGAGGAGGACGAGCUGUCAGAGGUGCAGCAAGAUGCCGUGCCGCAGGAGGUGCGCGAGUGGCUCGCCUCCACUUUCACGCGCCAGAACACCCACAAGAAGCGCGCCGACGGACAGCCCAAGUUCCGCACCGUCGCCAACGUCAUCCGCAUGGGCAUAAUGGUGGAGAAGAUGACGCGGCGCAUGUCCUCCUCGGGCCUGAUGGAGGUGCCGCCGGCCGUCACCGCCGCGCUCCAGUCAAUCGACAAUUGGAGCUACGACGUGUUCCGCCUGAGUGAGGCGAGCGGCGGCGCGCCGUUGCGCCACUUGGGCUACGAGCUCAUCAACCGCUACGGCCUGUUCCACAAGUUCAAGAUCGCUGUUCCGCACAAUGCGACAUGUUCAUUGGCUGAUGACACUGGUACCCGACAGGGUUCCGCGGAUGGGAGGGAGAAAUGGUAUCGGUGCACGAACGCUGUGCUGGGGAGUGGGGGGCGAAGCUCGGCACGCUGCGUGACCACGCCGUUGGACGGCACCGCCUGUUGUGACCUGUCGUGGUUCUGCAGGUUGCUGCGCGACGAGGAGUGCAACUUCCUGUGUAACCUGGCGCGGGAGGAGUACACGGAGCUGCGGGCGCUGGUGGUGGACAUGGUGCUGGCCACCGACAUGUCCUCCCACUUCCAGCAGAUCAAGUCCAUGAAGAACUACUCCGUCAACGCCGAGUCGACCGUGGACAAAUCAAAAAUCCUGAACCUGGUGCUGCACUGCUGCGACAUCUCGCACCCGAGCAAGGACUGGGAGCUGCACUCGCACUGGACCCGGCUGCUACUGGACGAGUUCUUCCUGCAGGGUGACAAGGAGAAGGAGCUGGGUCUUCCUCUCAGCCCGCUCUGUGACCGCGCCACCACACUGGUGCCCCAAUCACAGACAGGUUUCAUCGAGUUCAUCGUGGAGCCUUCGAUGAGCGUGUGCGGAGAGCUGCUGGAGAAGGUGGCCGCGUACCUGCACGGAGCCGAGGGCGGCGCCGCCAACGGACUCGAUCAUAAAGCCUCUGAGGCCAGAGGUCACGCCUCGCGUCCCGUGUACCCCUGGGUCAGCCGGCCGUGGGAGAAGUGUCUGACCUAUAAUCUGGAGGCUUGGAGGCGGAGACAAGACGCGUGCGCCAUCUGCUCAGCCUCCGCUGACGCCGAACGUCACCACACCGUGCUGUGCUGUCGGGCAGACGAGCAGAAGGCGGUGGGUGGCACGGACAGUGAGGACGAGGCGGACCCGCAGGAGCGGGCGGCAGAGCCGCCCCCGCCCUCGGGCACGUGAUGACCCCGUGCGCCACGUGACUGUGACUCGGACGGCGACGGCACGAGGGUCGCGACGUCGCCACGGCCUCCGUCGCCGUGUGCUCGCGACAUGACCAGGUUGUGAGAGACUCGUGUGAUGCGCGACUGGCCGGGAUGGUCGCCUCAGCCGCGGCCUGCGGCUGCGCCGCGUUCUGACGCUUCGCGCCGCAUUGCCCCGCGAUGUCUCAGCUAACCGUGUACUCUGGACGUGGGAGGACGCGGACGGCGGCGUGCGAAGCGGACCAGGUGUAACUGUGCUGGACUCGAAACUAUGUUGCGCUCGCGUCGGCGGCCUGCGCACGGCGCCUCCGACGCUCCGUCUCCGCCCCUGACGCCGGUUCGUCGAGCGUCGAUCCUCUUAGCCGCUACGGACGACGAUCCACCGCACUAGAUAUUAAUCCGCCGCUACCCUCCGCCGCCGAGUGACGACACCGACCUUGCACUGAGUGCACCUCCGGGUGUCGGUGGCCUCGCCGCCCCUCCGGCGGCCGGCGGCUGUCCCGCACGGCCCGUCCUGCGAUCGGGCGCGCAAGUGUCUCGGGCUCGGCGCCCAGCCGCGCGCGCGGUCUCGUAUGAUACGUGUGACUGGUUCACGCACAGGUUGAAUAUACGCGGCUGGAGGCGCUGGCACGUGACGUAACACACACCGAGCCU